UAAUCAAAGAAAAACAUCGAUUUGUGUUAUCGAUCAAGUACAAGGUGAACUUCUGGUAUAAAUAAAACCGUUGAUUUCCUUAUUUUCAUAGUUCUCAAUUGACUUGCGUUCUAUAAAAAGAUGAAAUUUUACGGUCUUGCAAUCUUUGUCCUAAUCGUUGGAAUUUCAACGGCUGCGCAUAUUCAUGAUGAUGGUGAACCAGGAUGCAAAACACCAGAGGAACUAGAAGUUGUGAAUUAUAGAAACAAUUGGGAUCCCACCAGAUAUUGGGCAUGUACACAGGAUGGAGGACCAGCUGUUUCUUUAAAAUGUCCACAUGGUCAGGCUUGGCUUGAUAGUCAGAAAAACUGUGUAGAUUGGGAAAACUGGGACUGGGAGGAACCAACUCAUCCACCAAGCAAACCUUAAAAUUAUGUUAAAAUUUUUGUGCAAAUUUUUUGGUUUUUUAAAAUAAAAACAAGUUCAGCAGAUCUUUGUAAAUUGUAUUAAAAGUCA